AUCAGAAUGUUUUUAUGGGGUCAAGUAAAGAUAACUUUCAUGGAAUGUCAAAAACUGGAGAACAGUUCCUUGCUGGAGUGUAUCAUCACCUUCCGUCAAUAUUGGCAUUUACCGCUCCUCACCCAAACAACUACGACCGGAUUCAGCCAGAUACUUGGAGUGGAGCUUAUCUAUGCUGGGGGAAAGAGAACAGGGAGGCUCCAUUAAGAACCGCAUGCCCACCUGGUUUGCCUCUUGAUUUAGUCAGCAACUUCGAGAUCAAAUCCUUCGAUGGUUGCGCAAAUCCGCACUUGGGUCUUGCUGCUGGCAUCGAUGGGCUAAGAAGACACCUUAAGUUACCUGAGCCAAUUGAAUCAAACCCUUCUGAUCACUCUUCAAAACUGAAAAGGCUACCGCAGAAUCUACAGGAAUCUGUAGAAUCGCUUUCUGCAGAUAAGGUUUUGCAUGAGUUAAUUGGUGAUAAACUUGUCACAACUGCUAUAGCUAUACGGAAGGUCAGCAUUUUUCUUUUUCUUUUUUUAGCAUGUUUAAUCUCUUUUUUUAUCGUUUUAGUUUUAAAUAUUCUGUACGAAAAUAUUUUGUUCCAACGGUUAACUUCGGAUUCUCAUAUCCUGUGACUGAACUUUUGUC